AUUGCUAGAUGCAUCUCGAUUUAAAUCUUUCAAGGCGCCACUCAGCCUCGAUGCACCAUAAAUUACCUUUACGAAGAGCUGCAUAGGAGGCUCUGCGGCUAAUUUACUCUUUCACGUGGUCGCCUCGCGAAAGUGGUCUGUUUGGUCUGCUUGUCUUUUCAAAGCUCCCCUUUUCUCCAAUCCAACGACGAAUAGCACGCGUUCAAUCCUGAGGCAAUGUCGUUCGAUCUUCUGGCACUGCAGACAACCCACCUUGGGGCCCUUUUUCUCCUUUUGAUUGCCGCGCUCUGGCAUCGGUAUGCUGCCAACCGUCGCAGCUUCACAGCGUACACGAAACGCGAAAAUAACAAAGGUGUUGUUCCCUUGACGUUCCCAUACAUUUUCCCGCUACUAGGAAGUCUGCCCGUUGCAUAUCUGUGGAACCCGAGAGCCUUUGUUUUGAGCCGCAACAAUUUCUUCCAGAGUCUGCAUCCGGCUCGAGUCAAGGUCCUCACCCAAGAGUUCUAUGUCGUCCGUGGACCGGAGAAUGUAAAAGCCCUCUUCAAGAAUUCUUGGGCAUGCACGUCAAUUCCAUUCGUCAAGUUUGCUCUUGAAUACGCUUUUGGCUUACCAGCUAAAGCAUCGAGUCUGUACACAAAGGACGAUUCUGGUGAUGGCCAUGUACCUCAUCCUGGCAGCGUGGUAGAGGCCCGCAAUCGUAUUGACUACAAUGUGUUCCAGUGUUUGGUCAGAUUUCUCGAAGGAAAAGGACUGCAGCCUUUCUUCAAUAGGUUCUCACACAACAUCACGCAGCAAUUACAUAGCCUACAUGAUCGCAUUGGAUCCGAGUGGGGUUAUCAUGAAGACUUGAUGAAAGUUGUCGGAAAUGAGACUACGGUCUCAAUCGUCAAUGCCCUUUGCGGCCCGCAUCUCUUGAAGCUAAAUCCGCAUUUCCUGCAAGACUACUGGGAUUUUGACCGCAAUUUGCAGACUUAUCUUCAAGGCAUUCCUUGGUUCCUCGCUCCCAGGGCCUACGCAGUUCGCAAGUGGGUGCUGAAGGCCGUUCAAGUUUGGCAACAGCAUGCGAGAGAUCAUUUCGAUGAAUCAGCCAUCAAUGCUGACGGUGAUGACGAAUUCUGGGGAAGUAGUUUCUUCCGAGAGAGGCAGGAAAUAUUCCUCCGAAUGGACGGUUUCGACCAUGCUGCUAUUGCAUCAGAGGACUUUGGUGCAAUCUGGGCAGCGCGGAAUUCCGUCACGGCUGCGUCCUGGGCCAUCUUUGAUAUAUAUCGGGACCCUGAACUACUCGUCAGGGUGAGAGCCGAAGUGGAUACGUGUGCCAUCAAAGACGCAGACGGCCUCAUUCGAUUCGAUAUCGAUCAAUUGCUUCGACUGCCAGUCCUCCAAGCCGUCUAUGCCGAGACUUUGCGCCUCAGAAUGCACUUUUAUAUCAUCAGGAUGUCAGACCGUGCUGAAAUCAAUAUCCGAGAUUGGAUCAUACCAAGGCAAAAGGUCAUCGUCACGCCUACGACAGUUGCACACAUGGAUUCCGAGGCUUGGAGCACUGGCUUGAAGAAUGAGCACCCCGUCGACCAGUUCUGGGCUGGAAGAUUCCUCAAAUAUCCAUCGAAGAGUAAUACACAACUGGGCGAUCCAACAUUUUCGACGAAAGAACUCGAAGGGUCGUGGAUUCCUUACGGUGGCGGACCGCGGCAAUGUCCCGGCCGGCACUUUGCGAAACGCCAGAUAUUAUUGACCACUGCUCUGAUGGUAAGCCUGUUUGACUGUGAGAUAAUAAAGGACGGCAAGGAUAUGAAGGAGGACUUCACGCUCAAGGGUUUUGGUAGUGGUGUGUCGCAUCCAGCUGGCAAGAUACCAAUGAGAAUACGACGGAGACAGAAUGCGGAAGAUGCACACUAGGAAAAGGAUCGGGGUAAUCCUACUGUAGUAAAUUGACUGCAUCUUGUCCAACCUCUUGAAAGAUGAU